CCCUCUCUAUUCCCCUUUCUUCGUACUCCAUAUUCCCCAGCACGCUCUUCCCUCCCUCUUCCUCGGCCCGCAUUACACUGCCUAUCCUCUUAUCCCUCUUCUGUCUGCUAUACCCUACCUCUUCCUGCUCUCUUUCUUUUUUUCUUUUCUUUCCUUCACCGAAUAUCUACUCGCACUCGCCACGCAAGAACCUAACCAGCAGCACAACCAAGUAAAAAAAAUAGUCAUGAACGCCCCUACGCCAGCGCGUCGUGCCCCUCCACGCAUGACCCUCUCGGAAAUGGGUGGUGGAGCACCGGCCCCCAAGCAGGAGACGCCCUUCGCCAACUUCUCGCGCUUCGUGGAUCCCUCCGGAAAGCUCAACUUUAACGGAAAGGCGAUCUUGCAUGCCGACGGCGUCGAUUUUAGCAAUGGCAACAAAUUCAAGAUCAAUAUGGAGGAAUUGAAGCUCCUCGAAGAAUUAGGCAAGGGACAAUACGGCACUGUCCAGAAGGUCUACCACAAGCCCACUAAUGUCACCAUGGCAAUGAAGGAAACUCGCUUAGAGUUGGAUCAGAGCAAAUUGAACUCAAUUCUUAUGGAGUUGGAUGUCCUCCACAAGUCACAAAGCCCCUACAUUGUCGACUUUUAUGGCGCAUUCUUCAUCGAGACGUGUGUGUACUACUGCAUGGAGUACAUGGAUGCUGGAUCUUUGGAUAAGCUGUAUCAAAUUGGCGUUCCUGAGGAUGUCCUCUCAAGUAUCACCCUCUCGAUGGUCAAGGGACUCAAGUUCCUAAAGGACGAGCUGUCUAUCAUUCAUCGAGAUGUCAAGCCAACCAACGUUCUCAUCAAUUCGCAGGGACAAGUGAAGUUGUGUGAUUUCGGUGUCUCGGGUCAGCUUGUCCAGUCUUUAGCCAAGACCCACAUUGGAUGCCAGAGUUACAUGGCACCUGAGCGUAUCUCACAGGGUCAGACCUACACUGUUCAGUCCGACGUCUGGUCACUUGGUUUGUCGAUUUUGGAGACCGCAGAAGGAUCAUAUCCAUAUCCGCCCGAGAAGUACAACAGCGUCUUUGCACAGCUGAGUGCCAUUGUCGGCAGCCCCCCACCCGCUCUUCCCGACACCUACUCGGAGGACGCUCGUGCCUUUGUCGCACUCUGCUUACUCAAGGACGCGAAGGACCGUCCUACAUAUGCUGCGCUGCUGGAGCAUCCUUUUUUGACAAAGUACGAGGAUGUAGAGGUUGACAUGAAGGGAUGGGCUGUUAAGGCGAUGGAGGCGCGUAUCGCACGCGAGGAGGAGGAAAAAAAGGGUAAAGCCCCUGCCCCGCCUUCAUAGACAGGGUAAUUUCCGGGACUGAAGGAGUACUCAUCCUUUGUUCUACCUUCAUGGGACCGGAGAUGGAAUGAAUCGACCAGAUACACCCACGCAAUCUAACAACCAACCAACGAGAUGACUUUAAGUACGGACAUGAUGCCAUGAAUAUCAUAGCCUUCCUCCACAUACAUAGACUGACAACACCAUUAAAGAAACAAAGUAAAGCAAAG